UAGAGGCUGAACAGCAGGGAGAGAGGAGGGGGGGACAUAUAGCAAGACUCAGCUAGUGCCAGCACCGUGAGCCUGUUUACCUAAAGCUAGUCGCUAUUUUGCGACAUUGGCGCUGCAGUGAAAACCAAAUUUAAGCAUUUUCCUUUGCUAAAAUAUGUCUCCACCAGCAUUUUGUCGAGUGUGUCUUAAACGACAGAAAUAUGUGCCGGUAGCUAGCUAGGUUAACGUGAAGACAAAAGGGCAUCUCUGUCUUUGACCGAGCAGCCCGAUCGUAAUCUUCGGACGAGAGUUUCUGUGUAAACGUUUGUGAACCAGCAAAGCUAAACCGUCCGCUGCUCAGCUGAGCCUCCGGAUCCGGGCAGUACCUAAAGCAAGGGGAGGAAAAACCAGCAGACUGUCAAGAUGAAAUUCACAGAGCAUCUCUCAGCUCACAUCACCCCGGAGUGGAGGAAACAGUAUAUCCAAUAUGAGGCUUUCAAAGAGAUGCUGUAUGCUGCUCAGGACCAGGCCCCUUCUGUUGAAGUCACAGAUGAGGAUACAGUCAAGAGGUACUAUGCCAAGUUUGAGGAGAAAUUCUUCCAGACGUGUGAAAAAGAACUGGCCAAAAUCAACACCUUCUACUCUGAAAAACUGGCUGAGGCUCAGCGGCGAUUCGCCACACUACAGAACGAGCUGCAGUCAUCUCUGGACGCCCAGAGGGAGAGCUGGGCUAACGGCCGUGGCCUGAGGAGAAGGAAGACUGUGUUUGCCCUGUCGCAGCAAGAGCGAUGCAAACACAGAAACAUUAAGGACCUGCAGCUGGCCUUCUCUGAGUUCUACCUCAGCCUCAUACUGCUGCAGAACUAUCAGAACCUAAACUUCACUGGUUUCAGGAAGAUCCUGAAGAAGCAUGAUAAAAUUUUGGAGACGUCGAGGGGGGCCGACUGGAGGGUGGCCCAUGUCGAAGUGGCUCCAUUUUACACAUGCAAGAAGAUCACGCAGCUCAUCUCUGAGACUGAGGCGUUGGUUACAACUGAGCUGGAAGGUGGUGACAGACAGAGGGCCAUGAAGAGGCUCAGGGUACCUCCCCUGGGAGCUGCACAGCCUGCUCCGGCUUGGACCACCUUCAGAGUCGGGCUUUACUGCGGAGUAUUCCUCGUCUUAAUAGUCACUGUGGUCAUUACAGGAGCUGUGGUGAUCCGUAGUGCUGAUGUUUGGCCUAUGGUCAGGAUCUACAGAGGAGGCUUCCUGUUAAUAGAAUUCCUCUUCCUGUUAGGCAUUAACACAUAUGGCUGGAGGCAGGCAGGAGUUAACCAUGUGCUCAUAUUUGAACUCAACCCCAGAAACAACCUGUCCCACCAGCAUCUGUUUGAGAUUGCAGGUCUGUUGGGGGUGCUGUGGUGUGUCAGCCUGCUGUCCUGUCUCUUCAGCGAAAGCAUCCCGGUACCAAUGCAGGCUAACCCUCUGGCUCUAUACGGCCUCUUCCUCCUCUUCCUCAUCAACCCCUUCAAGACCUGCUACUACAAGUCACGCUUCUGGCUGCUUAAACUCUUGUUUCGAGUGGUGACGGCUCCAUUUCAUCGUGUUGGCUUUGCAGACUUCUGGCUGGCUGACCAGUUAAAUUCUCUGGUGGUGGUUCUGAUGGACCUGGAGUACAUGAUCUGUUUCUACAGCUUUGAACUGGACUGGAAGAAGCAUGACGGGCUUAUCAGCAGUGCAGGUAAAGAUGUGUGCAAUUCCUACUCCUACGGCGUCCGUGCGGUGAUCCAGUGUCUUCCCGCUUGGUUCCGAUUCAUCCAAUGUCUGCGACGUUACCGGGACACCAAACGAGCCUUCCCUCACCUGGUUAAUGCAGGGAAAUACUCCACUUCCUUCUUCGUUGUCACCUUCGCUGCCCUAUACAGCACACAUAAAGCUGAAUCCCACGCUGACGCCCAGAUCUUCUUCUACUUAUAUAUCAGCUGUUUAGUGGUCAGCUCAUGUUACACGCUGGUCUGGGAUCUAAAGAUGGACUGGGGCCUGUUUGACCGCAACGCAGGCGAGAAUACCUUUCUGAGAGAGGAGAUAGUCUACCCACAGAAGGCCUAUUACUACAGCGCCAUAGUGGAGGACGUGCUGUUGCGUUUUUCGUGGACUUUAACUGUCUCCCUUAGCAUGGUCUCUGGGUUGCCUGGCAUCUCUGAUAUACUGGCAACUAUACUGGCCCCAUUGGAGGUCUUUAGACGUUUUGUGUGGAACUUCUUCCGACUGGAGAACGAACACCUGAAUAACUGUGGUGAAUUCAGGGCAGUCAGAGACAUCAGCGUUGCUCCGCUCAAUGCUGAUGACCAGACCCUGCUGGAGCAGAUGAUGGACCAGGAGGACGGAGUCAGGAACCGACAGGGCAAGAAGAGCUGGAAGAGGAGCUACAGCAUGAGUCUACGCAGGCCCCGGCUGGCCUCACAGUCCAAGACCCGUGACACCAAGGUUUUGAUAGAGGACACUGAUGAUGACUCCUGACAUCAGGCCACGCCCCUCGCCUGGGUCCAGAAUUUAUUCAAAGGAGGAAACUCCGCCUCCUAACCAAGGAAUUACCCAGCGAGUUGGGCGUUGAAAUCUCAACCAAGGACGAGUUUGAAACUCUCAUGCCUACAUAAUCCUGUCUCCAAUGCAUGAGCUUCUGCUUGGGUUCAGAACUAUUUCAAGGGAGAAACUUUGAGCUCUUGAACAAAUAACCCAGCAUGGCCAUGGAACUCCUACCUUCAACAAUAACCAGAGGUGGGCUUAUCACUGAAUCUCUACCUUACCUAAGCAGUGGGAGAAAAACUUCCCACAUCCACUCACAGGUGGACUCUUGAAACUACAGCCACUCCUCAGCCAUUGCUUGAGGCUCUCCUGAAAGCCUCAGCCCAGCAUGAACAACGCAGCUAAAUGGAACGCAAGCCGACCUCCCUGACAGGAAGUGUCCCCGCUCCCUCUCGGUGCCACACAGAGGCAGACGACUUCAGGCCUGCCGCUGUUGAGGACCACAACGUUUUCCCCCCAUGUUUAGCUGUUACUGUCCACUUAAACUUCCAGCAUCCUUAGAGAAAGUCCUUGAAUAGACAAUGUACCACUCACAUGUCAACAGAUAUAAAGUCACCCUGUAAUUUGGUCCCCAGAAUGAUCCAAAAUCCCAUUUUUUUUCCCCUGUAAGAGAAUGAAAAGUAUCCUCCUCGUUCUCCUUUUUGGUGACUUUUUAGGCCUUGCGACCUUCUCUCUGACCCUUGGCGUUGACAGCAGCUAACAGACUAUGCUGAUGAACAUCAGUCAGUGGGUUGACUCCCUCGCUCUUCAGCUUGCCCCUUCGAAUCAUCACAGAGCUGCCUACCUGCACCUUACACGCUUUAGAAACACACACACACACACACACACACACAUAGAAAUACGCACUUUGUAGGAAGAGUGGAUAGGAGUGGAAUGCCUGUGGUGUGUUCACACACACACACACACACACACACAAACAAACAGUGAUUUAAUAUGUUUUAUUGUUCAUGGAACACCUCACCGUUAGUCUUUUGGAGACCCUGGGAAGAAAACACUUGCAUACACAGACUAGCCAUUAUUCGUGUUUGUAAAUAUGAGACGGACCAAAGUAGGAGGUGAUGUGAAAAUAUUCUGAAGUAUCAAAUACUCCUAAAAUAAAAAAUAAAUAAAAAGUGAAGAGUUCAGACUGGAUGGAACAGCAGCUGGAAUGACUGUUCAGCCAUGGAGCAGAGAAGGAAAUUUUUACUUUCAUUUCUGAAAAAAUAUGAAGAUCAUCUUAAUCACCCUGCAGUAACUCUCAGUCACGCUUUGUGGAAAAGAUAUACUCCAUCUGGAAAUGAUUUUUUUUUUUUUUCGCUGAAUGUAUGCCAGCUUAUUUAUGUGUGUCCAAGCGGGAGAGGUGCCUAAAUACUACAAGUCAGUCCGAGUUUUUGGAAACUUUAAAAUGAGUCCCAAGAAAAGUUUUGUUUCGUCCUCUGAAAUCUUGAAUCUUUUGCUUUAUGUCAAAGUCCUCUGGGUUUGUUGAAGCGGUUCAGUGAAAUAUGACAGUGAUGAAAAGUGAGGAGGUCGCCUGCCUGUCACAUACUGGUCCAAACUGUCCCCGUCUAAAGGACGGUGAGUGAAUCUCAUGCUGUGUUCACGCUCAUGAGAUGCAUGCUGGUGUAACUCAGCUUUCACAAACACUUAUUAAUACGGAGUCCUCUUACUAUAUUUGAAUGUUCAGUAUGAAGUUGUCACACAAAUUAAUUCCUCAGAAAAUGGCCUCUUCCCUGGCUCCCUUUUUUCCCCAUUUAUUUAUGUAGGCUUGGCUGUGUUUUUUAUCCUCAGUCUCAGUCAGUAACGGGUUAACACACAAUCGCUCCAAACUCAUUGCAGAAACACUGUGUCACUGUGUCUUCAGGCAGUUGGUGUUGGUGGUCUGUGCUACCAAAUCAUUUGAGCUACAGAAUGAAACCAUCCUCUGUUGUUUGGUGAAGACAGGUAGUUGUGAUUACACUGGACAGAAUCUUUAUCUAGGUGCACCUGUUGGAGAGAUGUUCAUUUUGUUGCUUGUUUCGCAUCACCGAAGUGGUUGGCACACUGAUGCAGUGCGUCGCCUGGGCUCACGUUGCAAUCUUAAUUUAGUUUAGUUGACAGUAUUGACGAGCCAUUAAACACGAACCAAUUUGGUCACAUAGUGAUGAGUUUGGUCAUAACUUGACCAGUGAACAAAGAGUCUCGACGAGCACUUUAAUACCAAACUUCAGGUCUUUUUCCCCACUUUCUUUGUCACAGGUAAAGCAGUCUUUAUGGCUCCAACUUGAGGAAGGUACUUAUGGUGGUUGUUACUGAAAUAUACAGUAAAACAACUAUUUGAGCACUGAGAGGUGUGAUGCAUAGUAUGUAAUGGAGCUUGGGUCUUCAACAGUCAGCCAUCUGGUUAGCAGUGGAUAGCAUAGCUACUGGGUUUAGUCAAUUAAACAUGAAUGUUGAAAAAAAGAUACUUAGGUUCUUAUUUAUUUUGAAUUUGGCCAGCCUUUUGUGCCAGAUCUUUUAUUUGGAGCUCUGAGCUUAGUGUAUUAAGCUCUCAGUUUUGUUUGAGAACUAUUUGUAUUUUGUCCACAAUGUCUUUUACUACAUGCUAACAUUCCCAUAUUGUCAGACAGUUUUGUUGGAUUCAACAUACUAUAGAACAUUGUCAGCCAUUUGGAAUAGUGGAUAUUUCAUGUCUUAUCAAAAUAAGAAUAGUAAGAAGGUACAGUGUCUGAACUUUUUAAUGGCGGACAAAUGGGCGAAAAGUGUGAACAGACAAUGGCGAUGAUCUGAAGUGGUAGCUUUGUGCUCAGAGCGAGCUGUGAUUAACAUUUUCAUAUGCAGAGCUUGUGGUUGACAGGAUGCUCAUGGCUCCACGCAGCAUGUCUUCCGCUGCUUGCUUUUCAACCUGUCUGACAGUAGAAAUAAUCAUGCUUCCUGUUUGGUUACUUGACUGAGAGGUUCCACAGUCGUACAGGUAAAUCAUACAGCAUUGAACAAUGUUGGAAUCUCCUGCGCUGGUUGCAGAUGACCACAAAGAUUCGAGCAUAGAAGUCAGUGACUUUUCUUUGAAUUGCACCAUCUUUUCAGUUGUGUUUUUGUUCCUCUGCACUUUGGUAUCUUUAUAAUCGACUCUAUCAUUCCUGAAAUCCUCACGUAUUCCAUAUAGUUGCAUACAGCAAAGCCCUUUGUUCUCUCUCUCUCCAUCCUAAACAUCAUGGGUGUUCCAAGUCAGACCAGCAGCUUUAAGACAUCCUCACACCAGUAUUUAAAACAGCAAAAAAAGAACUAUAGUGCCGCUGCCUUUUCUGCUAAAGUUCUAUGUAGGAGAACUUCAACUACAAGUCCAAAAUGGAGGAAGUUACCCUAUCUGUUACACCAAGUCUGUAGAACCAGAUAUUUUGCGCCUUCAUUUCAUUGCUCCAUUUUCUGGUGUGACCAAGCCUUUAAGAUGCCACAAUGGAGCUAGCUGAUGCUGUAAGGUGACAAUCAGUCUUUUGGCUGCACAGGAAGUAGCUCAAGCUUCAUAGUAACUUCUGCAACCAUCCAGGAUGAAGCUAUUAACUGACUUAAGCUUGACUCAGAAAAUUUGGAUUUUCAAAAUCUUGAACUAUUUAGAAAGACCUUUAGAAAGUGUCUAGUUUAAAAUCCCUCAAUGGGUUUACAGACCACGUGCAGCUUUCCAAGAAUUUUCCUUAAGCAUGUAAUUUCUUGAUACAGCUGCAAAGAUGUUACUUAGUGUAAACACUGGUUUCUUAAAAGCUGGUGUUAAAAAUGAGCGGCCGUUUAAAUUGGCUUCAGAAAGAAGAUCAUUUCAACACUGAGAAAGUCUAAUUGGAGACGUGUACCAGUGUGUUCAGCUCGCUGGUUUUAGUUUGUGUUGACGGUAAAUGAAGCACCUGUGAGGUUUCUGCUUUGCCUUUUGUUGCACCACUGGAGCUCAGGGUUUCUCUGCCUCUCAAACACUUGUUUAUGUGUAGAGCUUUUCUGUCUUUUAAAAUGUCCAUGACAGCAGACACAAUCAUUCCAUCCAAAGAGAAGUUGGAUUUUAUGUGUAAUGCUUUGAUUUUAUAAUUCCUCAGGUUUUCAUGUUAAGGUCCACACUACUUAAGAAGAUUAUUCUAAAGCCAUUCCUGUGUUAAAUACAGCUCAUUGCCAUAGUGACCAGAGUGGCAGGUGAGAUGUGAGGUGAUUUGAACUCAGGAUAUUGUGAGCACAUUUGCACCUUAGCCUGCUAAAUUCAAAAGCAAGCACGAAAGCUUCCUGGCUCUCUGCCCUUAGCUUGUUUCUUACACAAGUAGACCAGAGAUCUGCUUUAGCUUAAAGGAACUCUUGUUUAAUUUUUAUUUAGCUGAAUCAGUACAAACCAAAUUGGAUGAUUUCCUCCAAAGCAUUGUGUUCCAGCACCACAGCCAAGCCUAGCAUUAGCAGACUUAAUUAUCAUCAUUCUGAUGGUUAAAAUGUCAACAUUUCAGCUGCAGGCAGGCUGACUGGACUCCGAUUGAUUUGGGCCAUUUUAGGGUUUAAAGUAAUUAAUUGUGUGUUUUUGGUGUUCUUUUUCUACAUUCCAGGUGUGACUUCCAUUAGCACAUGAACACCACACUGCUUUUAUGUGCAGUCUGACACUGCGACAGGCAGGUGACUCCCCUUUUUCCAAAAGUCACUCAACUGAAAUCCAUGUUCAGUGAGUAGAGCCGGGGAAUGAUUGUCAAGACUUUUGUUUUUGGCACCACCGGAAAUGUAUUAGCAUCAAAAGUCGGAAACAAAUACCUGGUCAGAUUUGUGUUCUUGUUUAUGAAAUGUCAAAUUUCAUUGCCGUGUUUCUAUUUCCCCGUGUAAAAUAGCGAAAGUCCAAUGUCGUGUCAGCACUCUUAAAGCGUUUCAGACGAUACCCAGCCGUAGCGCAGAGGAAACACGAGUUCUUUCAGAAUGUGUUGGGAGUGUUUCAGUGCGGUGCAUUUCACCUUGUGCCAGUUGGUUUGACUGAGAUCUCGUCGCAAAGCUAAUCAAUGGGCCUCAUGCAAGAGCAUUUUUGUGUUCUUAUCCUAAACCUCUUUGACUUUUUGUAUAGAGUCAAAGAGAUUUUUUGGGGGGGCAGGUGAUGCUUACUUCCAUAAAGAAUUUAAUUAAUGCAAACGUUUCUGUGCAUUCUUUCAGGUUGAGGCAUUCUGAUUUUUAAGUCAAAUUAAUGGGUCUUAAUGGGUUUUGUUUUUACAUGAAGGAAAAUUCUUACAGUGUAACAAGUUGACUCAAAUGGCUUCUAUUAGGUUCUUGCAUGAGGCCCAAUGUCCAGAGACCCAGCUGUGGAGUACAUGCAGUUCUGAACUGAAUCAGUUCUACUAAUACUUUGAUCAGAAUCAAGUGGCAUGAUUGGAUGCAAAGUCCUAAUGUUCAAAUACAGGAGGGAGUUAGGACCACAUAGGAAGUCAGUUUGAAGUCUUUAAACGCACAGUAUUUAGUGUGGGAUCAUGGGAGUUGUUAUCUUCAUUGUUGAACAUCUACCAGUGAAGAUGAAAGUCACAGAUGUUCACAGAUGAAGUGAUGUUUUAAAGUUUUAUUCACGAUACGUUUAGUCACGUCACUGACUUCCUUCCUCACUCUCUGACGCUCUUCUUGAAGUUAAAGCGGCAGGCAACUGAAUGAAAUGCACCGUCGGCUUGAAUAAAAUUACAGAUUUCUUUUGAGAGAAAAUUUGGGAGAGUGUAAGUACACAGUUCAAGAAACUAUGUAAUGAAGGUCUAGUUGUUUUUAGACAUCUUAAUGCAGAAAUGCUGCAAGUUAUCUUUAAAAUCAGAAGUCAAAUAAAUUCUUCACGUGUGGGACUUGUCAUCUGCUGCAUUCAGAGGAGACAGUUACACUUUGAAGAAUGUGAGCAUCUUGUAACGCUGUGUACAGGAAGCAACACAACCAGCAGCUCAGAGGUUUUCUGUCUUCAGAUAAGUCACGCAUCAGUGAGUUGUUUCUGAAGCUCGAGCUCAGUUUCCCGUGGGACACAGCCCACUCUUCACCUCCAGGACGGGUCAGUUGCUGGUGUCAUUGCAAACUUCUCAAAGGGUUUUUCUCAAGUGGGAGGCUGGGAAUUUCACAAGUUUGAUUUUUGAAAUCAUUUGGUGUUUGGUCAUCCCCGCCUUGAGAGGAUACCAUGUGUUCUCUGAUCUGUUUGGAACAGCAGUCACCAUCCUCCAGUACUCACUGAAACUCUUGGACUGGACCUUGGAGCCUCUCUGAGGUCAAGCAUCCAGGGAUUUGAUUUGUUUUAGGCAAAAAGCCAUGCUAUUCAUCCCAUUUUAUUGUCUUUUUACACCAGGGCCUUGUUGCUUUUUUAAACACAGUUUGAUCUAAUCCGCUCUGCUGAGAUCCUUGAGCUGAGACACAACCUGGAUCAGAGUUCUGACAUCCAUAUAGUUACAGUGAAAUUGGAUGGAGCCAAAAGCUUUUAGGAGCGGAAACAAAGAGCAUUUUGAUCCACAUUCUGACUGAGCACAGUGUGACCCAGAGCUGAAGAUUAUACAAUAUGUUACAUAUUGAUAAAGAUAUUGAUUAGAAGCAUUGUAUAAUCGGUGACUGUGCUGUGGGUGUUGUCUUGUAUGUACAGUAGCAGCGUGAUGCUACAGAGGUGCCUGGUUCACCAACCCCUGUUACAGUUUUGUUUGUUUUUUUCCAGUAAAAACAGCUAAUGCUC